AUGUUGCAAACAUGGUUGUUUCCACAGUUACAAGCGGAUAGUGAUGAGUUUGUUUUUCAACAAGAUGGAGCACCGACGCACUGGAAGUUAGAAGUUCGCCUGUAUUUGAACGGUGAACUCCCUCAGCGGUGGAUUGGGCGUAAUGGAAACGACGAUUUGGCGAUUCAUCCCUGGCCACCACGUUCCCCUGACCUCACAGUGUGUGAUUUUUUUUUAUGGGGCUACAUAAAAGAUAAAGUGUAUGUACCACCAUUACCUACAAGCUUGGAAGAGCUUAAAAUCAGAAUCAAAGAUGCUGUUAAUGCCGUUACACCAGAUUUGAUCAGUAACGUUUGGGAAGAAUUUGAUUACCGUAUAGAUGUGUGUCGGGCUGCCGGUGGGGGUCAUAUUGAACAUUUGUAA